AUCUCCACCGUCUCCUCCACGCUGGGCUCCGCGACCAGCACCGGCUGGAAGCGGCGCUCCAGCGCCGGGUCCUUCUCAAUGUGCUUCCGGUACUCGUCCAGCGUGGUGGCCCCGAUGCACUGCAUCUCGCCGCGCGCCAGCGCCGGCUUCAGGAUGUUGGCCGCGUCGAUGGCGCCCUCCGCCGCCCCCGCCCCGAUCAGCGUGUGCACCUCGUCGAUCAUGAGGAUUAUGUCGUCAUUCUGCUUGAUCUCCUCCAUCAGCUUCUUCAGCCGCUCCUCGAACUCGCCGCGGUACUUGGUCCCCGCCACCAGCAGGCCCAGGUCCAGGGUCACCACCUGCUUGCCCUCGAUCGUCUCGGGCACAUCCCCCGCCGCGAUGCGCUGGGCCAGGCCCUCCGCCACCGCGGUCUUGCCCACGCCCGGCUCCCCGAUCAGGCACGGGUUGUUCUUGGUACGGCGGCCGAGGAUCUGGGUCACACGC